AUGGCUUUCCCAUCACCUCCACACAUCCAACUCAUACUUCUCCAAACUUGCCCACCGCCACCCAUCCAUCUUACUGCACUGAUGAUGCUCGCCAAGGCUGAACGGCGUUGGACACGCAACUUUCCAGUGCCCAAUCACAGCCAACAGAUAUUACAAACCACAACUCAACUGCCCAUGCUGCCUUUGUCUUUGCUUCCUGUCCGCAAGACAAGUGAACCCUUGCCACGGCCCCCCUCCAUCCACAGAAUCAGCCUAUCCUUGUCUUACUACGUACUGUCGUUUCCUGGCCCAUUCGUACCCCGGUAG